GCGAGCGGCUCCAUGAUGGCGGCCGGGCUGCAGCCGCGACGAUUUCGGGGCCCUGCGCGACGGCGGCGGCGGGACUUCCGCGUUGCUCCUGAGGGAAGCGGCCGGCCUCUGUGCUGAUGGCGAGCGGCGGGCGAGGGCGGCAGCGACAGCAGCGGCGCUUUUGACCGAGAGCCGAGCCGAGCCUCGCUUCGCUUGCAGGGAGCUGGGACCCACCGUCAAGCCGGUCGCUCGUCGGGGGGAUGUGGCGGUGGAUCCGCCAGCAGCUGGGUUUUGACCCACCACAUCAAAGUGAUACCCGGACUAUUUAUAUUGCAAAUCGUUUCCCCCAGCAUGGCCAUUAUGUCCCCCAGAAGUUUGCAGAUAACAGAAUCAUCUCCUCCAAGUAUACUGUGUGGAAUUUUGUUCCCAAAAACUUAUUUGAGCAGUUCAGAAGGGUAGCCAACUUUUAUUUUCUUAUUAUAUUUUUGGUUCAGCUUAUGAUAGAUACACCCACAAGUCCCGUGACAAGUGGAUUGCCAUUGUUUUUUGUCAUCACUGUGACAGCCAUAAAGCAGGGUUAUGAAGACUGGUUACGGCAUAAAUCAGACAAUGAGGUGAACGGAGCUCCAGUUUACGUCGUUCGCAGUGGUGGCCUUGUAAAAACUAGAUCAAAGAACAUUCGGGUAGGGGAUAUUGUCAGAGUAGCCAAAGAUGAAACUUUCCCGGCUGAUCUUGUGCUUCUGUCAUCCGAUAGAGCGAACGGCUCUUGUCACGUCACAACUGCAAGCUUGGAUGGAGAAACGAAUCUUAAGACACAUGUUGCAGUCUCACAAACAGCAGUAUUGCAGUCAGUUGCCAACCUGGACAAACUUGAUGCAGUUAUAGAAUGCCAGCAGCCAGAAGCCGAUCUCUACAGAUUUGUCGGAAGAAUAACUAUAAGCCAACAAAUUGAGGAAGUAGUACGACCUCUUGGGCCCGAAAGUCUCUUACUUCGAGGAGCAAGAUUAAAAAACACUAAAGAAAUCUUUGGUGUUGCUGUGUACACAGGAAUGGAGACCAAGAUGGCAUUAAAUUACAAGAGCAAAUCACAGAAGCGAUCUGCUGUGGAAAAGUCUAUGAAUUCCUUUUUGAUCAUCUAUCUAAUAAUCCUCCUUUUUGAAGCCAUCCUAAGUACAAUAUUGAAAUACACCUGGCAGUCUGAAGAAAAAUGGGAUGAGCCAUGGUAUAAUGAGAAAACCGAACAUGAAAGAAACAGCAGUAAGAUUUUGAGAUUUAUUUCAGAUUUCCUGGCUUUCAUGGUGCUGUACAACUUUAUCAUACCCAUUUCGCUUUAUGUGACGGUUGAGAUGCAGAAAUUUCUCGGUUCUUUCUUUAUCGGUUGGGAUCUGGACCUCUAUCAUGAAGAAACAAAACAGAAGGCCCAAGUGAAUACUUCAGACCUCAAUGAAGAACUAGGACAGGUGGAGUACGUGUUUACAGACAAAACCGGGACAUUAACGGAAAACGAGAUGCAAUUUCAGCAGUGUUCCAUUAACGGUGUCAAGUACCGUGAGAUCAAUGGCAAACUGGUUCCGGAAGGACUGAUUGAGGACAUUCCAGAUGGAAUAAGACCUGGUCUGGCACAAGAGGAGGGACUCUUCCUGAAAGCUGUUUCUCUCUGUCAUACAGUGCAGAUCAAUAAUGACCAAGCUGAUGGCAUCUGCGACAAUCCUUGGCAUACCAACAGCAUAUCUUCUCAGCUGGAGUACUAUGCCUCUUCCCCAGAUGAAAAAGCUUUAGUCGAAGCGGCCUGCAGGAUUGGUGUGGUGUUUACUGGAACAGACGGGGAAAGUAUGGAGAUCAAAAGCCUUGGACAUCCAGAAAGGUACAAAUUGCUACAUGUCUUGGAGUUUGAUCCUUGUCGCAGAAGAAUGAGUGUCAUCGUAGAGAGCCCAUCAGGUGACAAGCUGCUAUUCACCAAAGGAGCAGAAUCUGCCAUUCUUCCUUACAGUACAAGAGGAGAAAUAGAAAAAACAAGAAUUCACGUGGAUGAGUUUGCUUUGAAAGGGUUAAGGACGCUCUGUGUAGCCUACAGAAAAUUCACACCCGAGGAGUACAAGGAGGUAGACCAGCGCCUUUAUGAGGCAAAAACUGCCUUGCAGCAAAGGGAAGAGCGGUUGACGGAGGCAUUUAACUUUAUAGAGAAAGACCUGGAAUUACUUGGAGCUACAGGAGUGGAAGACAAACUCCAAGAUAAAGUGCAAGAAACCAUCGAAGCCCUCAGGCUGGCAGGUAUAAAAGUGUGGGUGCUCACUGGUGACAAGCACGAAACGGCGGUCAGCGUCAGCUUAUCCUGCGGGCACUUCCACAGAACCAUGAACAUCAUGGAGCUUGUGCAGCACAAGUCGGACAGUAGCUGUGCAGAGCAGCUAACGCAGCUAGCCAGGAGAAUAAAGGAUGACCACGUAAUCCAGCACGGGCUGGUGGUGGAUGGGACCAGUCUCUCCCUUGCACUCCGGCAACACGAGAAGCUCUUCAUGGAGGUCUGUCGAAAAUGCUCAGCAGUGCUGUGCUGCCGCAUGGCACCUCUGCAGAAGGCAAAGGUCGUGCGACUACUAAAAACAUCUCCAGAGAAACCAAUCACAUUAGCUGUUGGUGACGGGGCUAAUGACGUGAGCAUGAUACAAGAAGCCCACGUGGGCAUAGGAAUCAUGGGCAAAGAAGGAAGACAAGCUGUAAGAAACAGUGACUAUGCAAUAGCAAGAUUUAAAUUCCUUUCCAAGCUACUUUUUGCCCAUGGCCAUCUUUAUUAUAUUAGAAUAGCAACCCUUGUACAGUACUUUUUUUAUAAGAAUGUGUGCUUUAUUACACCACAAUUUUUAUAUCAAUUCUAUUGUUUGUUUUCACAACAAACUCUGUAUGACAGUGUAUACCUGACUUUAUACAACAUUUGUUUCACUUCCCUGCCAGUCCUCAUGUACAGUCUUUUUGAACAGCAUGUGCACCCUCAUGUACUGCAGAGCAAGCCAGCGCUCUACCGAGACAUUAGUAAAAAUGCCCACUUGGGGUAUAAGCCUUUCCUUUACUGGACGUUCUUGGGAUUUGCUCAUGCAUUUGUGUUCUUCUAUGGCUCGUACCUUCUGAUGGGCGAAGACACUUCUUUGCUGGGAAACGGCCAGAUGUAUGGAAAUUGGACAUUUGGUACUCUGGUCUUCACAGUUAUGGUGAUAACUGUUACGAUAAAGAUGGCAUUAGAGACGCACUUCUGGACUUGGAUUAAUCAUUUUGUUACCUGGGGCUCCAUUGUGUUUUACUUUGUAUUCUCCUUGUUCUAUGGGGGGAUUAUAUGGCCAUUUUUGCACACCCAAGACAUGUACUUCGUCUUUGUCCAGCUGCUGUCCAGUGGGUCUGCUUGGUUUGCCAUAAUCAUCAUAGUUGUCACGUGUUUGUUUCUCGAUGUUGUGAAAAAAGUGCUGCACAGACACCUGCAGCCCACAAGUACAGAAAAGGCCCAGCUUACUGAGACAGGCACAGGUCUCAGCUGCUUGGACUCCAUGUGUUGCUUCUCAGAUGGGGAAACAGCGUGCGCAUCUCUUAGAAGAAUGUUGGAAGGAGUAACGGGAAGAUGCAGCCCGACACGGGUCAACAGAUAUGCAGACUGGUAUCCAAAAUCAGUACUUGGGGGUGGCCUGGAUGGAAACUCUGAUUUUAUCAAAAGGUAUGUAAAUGCUUGGAGCAGAGGGACGAUAGAUUUGCUUCUUGAAAUCUUGCUUAUGUUCUCAAAAUGCUUUUUGCAGGAGGCUGUUCUUCUGAUUUCCAAGCCAAAGACCUUGCAUGGCUUUUCUAACUUGCCAAAAUAUGUUGCUCACUUGUCUUCCAUCAAACUGUUUGUCAUUACAUCAGUCACUAGAAUGUUGUUGUCGGGUCACAUUUUUUCAUUAAUGAUACAUGUCCAUUGUUAUGCGCUCAGCAGAUUUCAGGCAGGUGGGACCAAGGAGGGAGAUACUUUCCUUCCAUGAUUCUUUAUUUUCUGUUUUGGUCCCAAACGUUUGCUUUCGCCUCAGUUCUCCAGUUGCACUUGUUUGCAACCUGCUCCUAAAACAUCCCUGGCACAAUCCAACAUGCAUGUUUAACCCAUUAAGCAGAGUUUUUUGCACACGCUUCCAUGAGAAGAAAAUGUUCAGAGCACCAUGGAAAUGCUCUGUGUGGAAACUUGUGCACAUACAGAGCUCUAGAUCACGGCAACAAUCUCAGAGUAAUUUCCUUCUGAAAGUAGUCUCACCUACAUAGCCAUGAUCAUGCAGUAUGGAUGCUCCGAAUGCACCCCAAAACUACAUUGGAGUCACCCUUCUCUACAUUUGCGUGCAUAUGUACUCCACAGACCACUGAAUUGUGUUUGGAAUAUCAAGGGCAUCAAACUAAGGAGAGGGCUCUUGAUCAGACCCUCCCUCCCCCCCCUUUUAAUCUUCUUAACACUUUUAUCACAGCAAAAUACAGGCUUUUAGUCAGCAAAACUUCUCUCUUAUUGUUGUUUAGAUCAUGGAGCUCUUCGGAACCAUUCUAUACCACCGACCGAAGCAUCUUGACUCUAUCCACAAUGGACUCGGUCACAUGUUGAGACUUUUCUCAGUGUCUUGUGGGAACGACAUGUUGCUCACACCUCUGGCCUUGCUCACGAGCAGGCUCCGAGGCACAUCCCCUUUUUGGCAAAUGUAGCAAACGUGAGAAGGGCACCGUAACCAAUGGAAACAACCCAUUUUCCCCAAAAGGGUUUAGAGAAGAUUGAGAUGGAAGAUGCUUAGAUGCCUAUUUUCUCAGGGUUGCCGUGCCAACAGCCUGAAUGGGAUGACUGACAUUUUGUUUGAAAUGUCCCUGUAAGGCAAGGUCCAAGGCAUCCCAUUCAAAAACUGCAGAUUGGAAAGUCCCCAGCUCAUAACAAUCAACUUUGGAAAAGCCAUUUAUUGAAGUAGCCCAGGAGACCUGCGGACGCGCUUGCUUUUCCAGGGCCAAAUCAACCAAGAACAGUGUAUUAGAUUUCCAAAAAAAGAGAGGGAGAUGCACUGCUGUCCAAAUAUUCAGUAGCUGAUGUGAAGAUAAUCGAGAUCACGAUGAAUUAAUACCAGGAUUCUUAAAAUCUGCGGGGAAUUAGGAAUUGAAUUAGGAAAUUAAUAUUCUUCACUGAGAGGUUUUGAUCAGAGUGAAAUACCAAGAAGCCAAGUUGAAUUAAUUCUAAUCCUGCUUUCCAAGCUUGUGUCAUUUUAAAAUUGCAUUGGCCUUUUUUGGGGAGAAGGAUCUUUGUAUAUCUUUUAUUUUUCUGAAUAUAUUUAUUUAACUGGACUGGACUUUUGGUGAGCGCUCUCAUGCUACUCUCCUUGUUUUUUGUCCAGGAUUGCAAAAAUGAAUCACAAACUGUGUACAAAUUAAGCCCACGUGGCUCAGAGCUGCCUAAGAGUUCAGAUUACAAAAUAUGGCCCUCAGGCAAGAGAGUCUCUUUCCGGGCACCCAAAACUGAUUGCCUGUGGACGUGCACUAAAUGUUCCCUAUUUUUAACCCAUCUCUCUCUGAUGAUGCUUGUUAAAAGAAGAUGCGUGACAUGACAGCCUAGCCUCCCAUUUCCCGGCUGCCCCCACCCUACCACUUCAUGGGCUGCCGUUUGCGAGGGGCAGGGAAAUUGGAGCCUGAUGACAUCACUUCCCAUGUCUUCUUUCAUUGGACGUUCUCCAGCAGCCAUGCAUCCCUCAUAGCGCUAUUAUUUGAGAGUCCUUCCUUCCAAUUCUGAGGGCAGCUUUUCUAACAGUGCAUGUAAUUCCUUCCCAAACUGGGCUCACUUGCACAUCAUAGAAUCUCCAGGACUGGGUCAUGUGUGCGAAGUCUGCCACUUUUGGGAAGGAGUUAGUUUUUCACAGGGCUUUUUUUUUUCUUCAGGAGAAGGAAUAAUUCAGUUCGCUUAAACCCUGAGCCCUGCACAAUACUUCCAUUCCUCCUGCACAUGCUCAGACUCUCUUGGGCAGCUCCUCUUCAUGGCUUCAUAAGAAAACUUCCCACUCAGUUGUGUCCCUGGGGGUCCGAUAUAAGCUGCAUCGCAUCACUUACUUGGCUUCUCCCCUCCCACUCCAAUGUCAUUUUUUUUCCUAAAAGCCCAUUUCUCCAUAUCAUCAAUCGCUCAUCCGUCAAUAUUGUUGCCAUGUUUGUUUGUUUCAAUUUUUUUUUCAAGCAAACUUGCAAGGAAAAGCACCAGGCUUGGAAAAUAACCCAGCUCCAAGCAUUUGUUCAAAUCCACAUCUUAUAAUCGGGGGAUGUGUGUGGUGUUCACUGUUUGUUAAAAGAAUCAGGAAGUAGAAUUUUUGUGUGUGCUAGAGAUGCACAGUUCUUAUUGGUAGGUGAUUGAUCUUUUCGGUUUUUUUUAAACUUCCCAUCUCUCUCCCCCUCUCUCCUCCCCUCCUUAGUGUAUGUAAGGGGACAGAAGACGCGUGCAUUUAAACACGGUCAGGAGGAAUAUAAGAAUCCGUCUGAGGCAGGUAUCACUUUCUGAGAGAAAUCAAAUACAAUGGAAGGGUUUGUUUCAUUGUAGCGUUGAUCUUUAUAUGAUAAACAGAGCACAGGUCAAAUGGAAGCUGAGCAAAUAUAUUUUGUAUCGGACUACUAAUACUUCCAUAAUUUCUUCUUUUUUCCAAAAAAAAAAAAAGGAUGUGUUCUUUGGUAACUCUGUUUUGUUUUAGGUUCAGUCAUAGGCAGCAUUAUGGGCAGAGCAAAAGGAAUAAUUGAACUCAGUGCCUAAUUAAUGAAUUAUAAUAUAGUGGGCCCAGUUGUGGUUACUCUUGCGCCAAGCCAAGAAAAAAGAAGUGGGCUGCUGCUUCCCGCAUUACUGUUUUCUCAGAGAUGGGAUGGAUUCCAUAAGUCACUCUUAAGGCAAGCCUAAGAGAUUUUUACACUGAUUAGAAAUUUAAGUUGUGGCAAGUUGCCUGGUUUCAUUUGGCAGUACAGCACUCAAAAGUUUCUGUAGGAUUCCCGGCCCAAAGCUGUAGGGGAGCCUAAUGUGCAUAUGAUGUUUCAUCAAUGUGCAGGAUCACUGUGGGCGCAUUUCACACAAGGAACUUGUCAGUGGUAAAGCCUGUGGUUGCCUCAAGCCGCAUGUUCCGACUAGAGAGCUCCAUUCUUCCAAGGAGCUCAUCGUGGUGUACAUAGUUACCACAGCCUCAUUUUAUCUUCACAACCAUGUUUGGUUGGUCAUGACUGGCGCAGGGGACUGGCCCAAGGUCUCAUCCAGUGAGCAUCACAGUAAAAUGUACCUACAUGUCCCUAGUCCUAGAUGGAUGCUCUAACCACCCACUGGGUCUGCUUGCAUGGUUCAGAUUGCAGCACUGCUCGAUUGGGUGGCAGGGAGUUUAAGCGGCUCAGGAACUCCCCCCCCACCUCUGCAAAAAGUAAUAUGAGAAAUAGCUCCAUCUUUUCUAUCCAAAUGGGCCCCGAUAUGGAUUGGCUUUAUUGUCUCUGAAUAGCUGGAUAUGGGGUUUUUUUUCUGGAUGGUAAAAUCUGCUCUUCCUGUCCAUCCCUGCGCAAAAUGUUGUGGCAGCCCCACACUUACGUUGUGGCAGCUGCUUUGAACAUCACAUAUGGAUACUGGCUUUUGCGCCUUCUGAUCCUACUGUAUCUUUCACUAACAUGCUUGGAUUUCCUUCUGCUGCUGCAAACGCUGUGCUUCACAGAUUCUGUAAGCAGAAUGCAAGUUCUGUAAGAUAUACCUUGUUGUAGGUGAUGCAAGUUGCAAGGAAAGGGGCAUUCCCCCCCCCUCUUCUAACAGUAGAAUACAGUUGCUCAUAAAGACUGCUCAAGGCACAAUCCCGAGUGAGUUUUGGUGUACUAAAGCCCCACUGAAAUAAACUAGACUUAAAAUUCCCCCCAAAGAUCACUCUUUGAGUAGGACCCAAAAACCUGUUUGUAUUCUAUGCAGAAAGAGACCUGCCUUUCCUCUGGAAUACAGUUGCACUGCGACCCUGGAAGUAAUUGCCAUGUGAAAGGCAGUUUGUAGCCAGGGACACGUCAGGUGUGACCACUUCCUGCAAGCGGCUGCAUCCCUAGGGCGGCUGGGGUCGUUUCAUAUGGAGUGGUACGUAGGCAGCUGCCCUGGCCCCCUUUGUUGUGUCCAUUGGCUUUACUGCUAAACAUGUAUACAGCAUCUUGAUGGGAAAUGAUUAGGAUAGAUCUGCUUGCAUAGUUAGCCCCCUUCGUCCAGUAUGGGAUACUAAAGGAACCCAUAGCAUGGUGGAACAUGUUCAUGAGGCUGUCCUUCACAUGGGACUUCACUUCAAGAGGGAGAGCAGAUGUUCAUACUAAAGGAGUGCCCGUAAAGGUUUGCUUGGAGUCACAACAGCAGCAGUGUUGUAGAUUUACAGUACUUACUCUUUUUUAAAUUCUAUAUUUUAUUUUGACCAUGUGUGUUGUAAAUGCAUUGAACUGUCAUAACCUUCAACCAAUAUUGGAGCAGAAAGGCAUCUGUGGUUAAAAACCACACAGGUGUGUGUGUUGAUGUUCAACAAAGUAAAAUGUGAUUGCUUUUGAGAUUCCUUGUAGCCCCGAUCCCCAGAAAAUUAGUCCGACAUAUGUAUCCUCCUGAAAUUAAUGGGACAAGUUUGUCACAACUCAUGCCCCAUUCCUUUCAGUGAAACCCAACUUAAGUGUCUGUGAUUGGGCCAAAUAUGUUCUCAGAGAAUCAGCAGCCUCGCUUAGACUAUGAGCGGUUUACACCCAUUGCUUUCAAAAGGAAUCGUCAUCUUAGAGGGACCUUGUUUAGUGGAAUGAAAGAUGAACACCCUUCAUUCUUCAAGCAGCCAAGAAAACUUUUUAUUUUUCAAAUGAAGAUUUCUUCAGAUAUACGAGAGACAUUAUUCGUACAGCGCCAAAGAGUGUGCUUCAUAAAAAUGUGCUUGAUUUAUAUAUUGGUGUAAAGAAACCACGAGCCAGCAUGGAGAUCUUCCCCUUCUGAAGCCAAGCAGGGCCGAGGUGCUGCAGUCAGUCACCUUCUGAAAAAGGCCCUGAAUGACACAGUUGCGGGGAGACACCAAACACGACUUGUGUGAGCUGUUUUAAUUCAGAACUUUGCAAGUUAGGUGUUGUAGGAGCAUUGCCAAGUGGAAACCUUAGCAAUAAUUGAUACCAAGAACUUCUUGACCGCGGGCACUGUGGCCGCCUCUGACAUCCUUUUUAGAUCUUCUGUGGAAGUUUAAUACAGCGUGCUUGUUGUACAGCUCUGUCAAUAAGAUGUCUACAAACAUUUAUGGAAAUUAUAUUUAUUGAAUAAAACUUUUGACUUUUAA